AACUCAAAAAACUCACCAACUUUGAUCAAUCCUACUACUCCUCGAUCAUCAUCAUCAUCAUCAUCAUCAUGGGUGUUUUCAAUUACGAGGCUGAGAGCCCCUGUGUUAUCCCAGCAGCUAGGCUGUUCAAGGCCUUUAUCCUUGAUGGCGAUAACCUCAUCCCAAAGGUUGCACCUCAAGCUAUUAGCAGCGUUGAAAACGUUGAAGGAAAUGGAGGGCCCGGAACCAUCAAGAAGAUCACCUUUGCCGAAGGCAGCCCUUUCAAGUACGUGAAGGAGAGGGUUGAGGAGGUUGACCACGCAAACUUCAAAUACAGAUACACCGUGAUCGAGGGCGGUGUCGUGGGCGAUAAGCUGGAGAAGAUCUGCAACGAGCUGAGGAUAGUGGCAGCCCCUGGUGGUGGAUCCAUCUUGAAGAUCAGCAACAAGUACCACACCAAAGGCGGCCAUGAGAUGAAUGCAGAGGAUAUUAAGGUUGGCAAAGAAAAGGCCGAGGCACUUUUAAAGGCAGUUGAGAGCUACCUCUUGGCACACUCUGCUGAAUACAACUAAACCUUAAUUGUCUUAUAUAUAUAUUGUGUCUUCGCCCAGUAAUGUUUUUUUGUUUACUGCUUAGUUUUGGCUUGCUAAUAAAGGAGCUUGCAGUUGUGCUUAUCUGCUUGCUGAAGAUCGAUAUUGUAAGUUUGUAACUCAGAAGAAUGGAAACUGAAUGUUGUAUUACUUUUUGAAUAUAUAUAUACAAAUAAUGGAAAGGAUAAGAUUAAAGUUUCAA